CAACCUCUGGAAUAAAAAUGGAAUCGAGGAAUAUUUUGGAGAUCUCUUUUCGCUUCGGAGCCAACCUCUGGUCGUUCGUACGAAUAUUUGAUCGCACGCUGGAACGAAACUGAAAAACGUCGCGUUUCCCUCUGCCGUUUUGGCCGCACGACUUCAGGUGGAGUUUCAUGCGACGCAAUCAUGCAUUCAUGUCUCUUCUACAGCCUGAAGAUGGGGAGAAUCUGGGAAUAAUUCCUUUUACUCUUCAACAAGAAUCUACGAAAUACCUAUUUUGAUGCUGUAGAAGACCCUCAACGAAAGCCAUACUAGGUCCUCAUUUUUUCCAUCGCUUGUAUCUUUCAUUUCCAGACCAAACUGCCUAUAGAAAGAAACUGGGUGAUCAGCAAAGAGUUAUCGCAGCCCGGACAGAAAUGGCGAAUCUCAAAGACCCAAAUUUUACGGAAAACGAAAAAGGUUCGAUUUCCUUCACCGACUUCCCUGAAGAUGUCCAGUUUUGUAUUCUCUCCUUCCUCACGCCAUCUGAAAUCGCCAUCUUCGCCUGCACAUCGAAGCGAUUCGGCUCCCUGUGUAGUAACGAUAGCAAACUCUGGUUUAGCCUGUGCGAAAGGAAGUGGGGUUCGAAGACGCAGAUCGCGAAAUGGGGCAAUGGGAAAAUCGGCUACCGCCUCCUGUACAAAACCCUCGACGAAUGGGAGAAUUUAAUCGGCUUUUGGCGUCGAAGUGGACCAGGAAGCAUCGCUAUUGCAUCCCCGUCGCUGGUUAUCUUCGAGUGGGGCUCAUCGUUUGUCGCCGGUUCCAGAGUUUCUCCGUCGAAAACUGGUACCUAUGAUAUAUUAAAGUCGCAAUUUUUGCGGAUGAGUCUAUCGUCGGAGGGACAGGUUGUGAAUUUUCUCGAUCCCGACGGGCAAGCUGAAAUGCCCGGUGAUUUUGCGAUUUCUGAGCUAUUCGACUGGCCUGAUAAUGAACUGAUUCCGGUCAAUGUUAGUUUUAUGGGGAAAACGCACUUUGUUGUGGAGGAAAAUCAAAACUCUAUCCAUUUCAACUGUCCAGACCAAAGGAAACACGGAUUCAGGAGAAGUUCGAGCAGCACGAAUCUGAGUUCAGACGAUUGCUAUGUUGGAGAAGAUGUGAUUGGUGCCGAAAGUGGAUCACCGGGAAGCCUACCAGACAGAUUGGUGUCAGACAUUUAUCAGCGUUUCGCUAACAGGACAAGCCCAGGUAGUGAUAAAUCGAGGAAACAAAGGAGGAAAGAGAAGGAAAGGCUAGCCAGAAGGAAAUGGGAGCCUGAGCAUUUCGUGAAGAUUGUUAAUUGUUCUCCCACUCCAUCACGCCCAUUGCAAGGCCUAUGGAAGGGUAUUUGUUGUGACAUGAGUUUAGCCUUUUAUCUUGUGGUAUAUGAUGACAUUGGGGGUGUUGCUUGUCGGCAAAUUGGGAAUCCUCCGGAACAAUUUCCCAGUCAUUACCUGGUUUUCUGGACAACAAAUACUUCAUUUAUAGAAUCUCCUUUCUCCCCUGAGGAGGAGUAUUUAUAUGACACUCGCAUUCAUCUCAGGCCACUUGAAGCAGCCAGUGAGAUUCACCAGCACUUCCCUUUGACAGAAAAUGGAGUGGUAAAUGGGAUUCUCCACAUAAGCUCAAGUUAUGACUUGAUUAUUCCAGACCUGGCUGGAACAGUAAAUCCUAGGAAUGCAGAGGGGAGGAUUUGGCGGUACCAGAAUGGUACUUUUGGAUUUGGCUUCCUUCGGGACAAUUUUAUAAUAGACCUGAAGCGUAUUGCCUAUGAUGACUGUAUUUAGUGUAAUUUCCUUGUUCUGCAUAGGUCUUUAAGCAUUGAUUAUUCAUUCAUCCGGAUGCCACCACACCCCAUGGCAUAGUGUUUUAUUCCCUGUGAAUUUAUUUUAUGAUAAUGACAACCGAGGCAAUUUCUUCAGCUGAGACUGGUUGUCUAGUGCCACAUUAAGUGCCACAUUAUUUCUUUUUCCUGUGUUUAGGACUGAAUGUUUCAGAUAUCUUCUGUCUUUCUACGUGAUUGACACUGCUUUAUCUGAAUGGCUGUAUAUUUCUUCACGGAUGAUCUAACAGUGAGGUCACAUAAUUUACUUCAUUAAUAAUUGAUUCAUUAGUUA